AUGAAUAAAGCUAUUUCUUUAGUUUUUUUAAGAGAUAGACAAAUUAUUACCAAAAAAAAACUUUUAAUUGCUUCGAUAACUGAAACAUAUAGAACAUAUAGAUCUAAGUAUCUGUUUAACAAUGUUAAUAAUGUUGUCAAAAUUUCAAAAAGCAACCUUUGGAAAUUUAAUCGAAUAAUGGCAAAUGUCGAGUUGACAGUUGCCCAAAUUUCAUCUUUAUCAGGCAAUUCCUGGAAAGAUGCAAAACAUAAAAAUUUAUUUUGUAAAGCUGAACAACGACGAUUAAAAAAAAACAAUUUACACAUCAUAGAUUACAAUUAUAAAAACAAUAAAGCUGCAAUCAACAAUUCAUAUUUACUAUCUUCACUAUCACAACUUCCAAUUAACAAAUAUGACAAAGAAGUAAAGGAUGGAUCAAACAACGGAAUAAUCAAUGAAAACAAAUUAUCCAAAUUACCAUCACAUCCAAUUAGUGAAAACAAACCAAUGGUUAAUGAAUCUAAUGACAGUUGUUUAGCGUGGCUCAAUGAAGCAAUUCAGAAUGGACACAUUAAUUUUUAUGAAUAUUGCAGAUUUAAAAACCCUCAAAAAAUCGGUUCAGGUGGUUCUGGAAAAGUUUAUAAAGCAACAUUUAACAAUGGUAUGACUUUUGCUUUGAAAUCCUAUAAAUAUACAACAAAUACGAAAGAACUUAUUAAUGAGUUGAAAUUAUUACGCAAAGUUGACUAUCAUCAAAAUAUUAUUCGUUUCUAUGGUGUCACUAAGAGUGAAGACAGUAAGAAAUAUUUAUUGGUUCUCGAAUGUGCAGAUAGUGGAACGCUAAGAAGCUAUCUACAAAAAAAUUUCAAAUCAAUCAGUUGGGAUCUAAAACUGAAAUUUGCACAUGAGAUCGCAUCAGCUGUUUUAUGCCUACACGAAAACAAUAUUAUCCAUCGAGAUUUGCAUUCAAAUAAUUUCUUGGUUCAUCAAAAAUCAAUAAAAUUGGCAGAUUUUGGGCUCUCCUGUAAGACGCUUGAAUCUACAACCACUUCAACAUUCCAAUUGGCAGGAGUGUUACCUUACGUUGACCCACAAUGUUUCAAAUAUAAACAAGCAUAUAAACCAAAUAAAAAAUCAGAUGUAUACAGCGUAGGUGUUUUAUUAUGGGAGUUGACUAGUGACAGACCACCUUUUAGUAAUCUAGAUCCACAUUAUCAACAAUUUACUUUGAUGCUUGAUAUUUCUGAAGGAAUUCCAUGUUGGCAGGAUGACCCAGAAAAUAGGCCUGAUAUUCAAUAUGUUGAAACAAGGAUUAUCGAAAUGAUUCCAGGUCCAAAAACAGUUGAUAAAGAGAAAAAUGACGAGCAACAAAAAAUUGAAGAUGAAGACAAUAGUUCUUUCAGUCAUUCCAGUACUAUUUUAACAGAACCCACUAGUACUGAUUUACUGCAAGCAAAUUUUGAUAAAUAUAUAUGA